AUGCUCUACACCACCCUCCUCCUCUCCAUCCUCCCAUUCAGCACCUUCACCCUAGCAGCCGUCAACGGCCGCUGCACCGGCACAUCUCUCCACCAAGUCGAAGGCAUCUGCAUCUCAACUGCCAACUGUGCCGCCGCGGGUGGUGUCUCCAUCGUGGGAGCAUGUCCCAACGAUCCCGCCAAUAUCAGGUGCUGCCAUGUGGAGCCUUGUGAGGAUUCUUCAAGCUAUUGUACUUGGACUAGCAGAGGGUGUGCGGGUGGGACCUUCUUGACUGGGUUCUGUCCUGGUGGAACGAACUACAGGUGUUGUGACUAUUGA